AUGGCAGAAAAUGUCAUGAACUCUGACUUGAACUUGCCUGAACCAACCAGACCCAGCAUCCCGACAGUCCCUGAUGUCCAAGGGAAAAGCCAUUGCUCCAGAGCUCUGAGUUCCAGAGUUGCUGCACUGGCUGCUGUCCUGGCUGUGAUGAUCCUCAUAGUGGUCAUAGCCCUGUAUGUGACACUCAGGGCAGGCAGCCAACAGGACUCCACAGCAUUGAGCUCCCCCAGCCAAAAUGUCUCAGCACCACUGUCCCCCACCAGCCAAGAGGACUCAACAAAGUCACCCCCCAGCCAUGGAGAGGCCCCAGGAAAAAGCUGCUGUUCCACAACACGAGUUGCUGUCCUGGUUACUGAGAUAAUCCUGCUCCUCCUCACUGCUGUGUUUCAGAUGCUCCCAUGUAAAAGGCCUUGUUCCAGAGCACACAUUGCUGUGCUGGUUGUUGUCCUGGUUCUGGCUGUGCUGGCCCUGACUCUGUCUUGGACAGUCCCAGAUGUUCCAACUGCAGGCAGCCAAAAUGGCUCAACAACAUGGUACCCCACCAGCAAACAGGACACAACACCAAUGACCCCCACCAGACAAGAGGGCUCAACAAAGUCACACCCCAUCACUGGAGAGGCCCCAGAAGGGAACAGAGAUCUCCAGUGGACAACAGAAGCAACACGAGCUUUUGACCAACUAAAGAAGGCUCUUAUAGGGAGUGAGGGAGAACCAGUGAUCCACGACUGCCUGGAGACCAUUGAAGCCACCUAA